UGGAAUAUAUUCCGGUCAAAUGGAGUGAAAAAAAAAACACAGCAAAUCGGACGGAUUUCAGCUACCGAUUUCACUUUAUCAAUCCCCUUCCUUUUCGGUUUAUCCUCUACUGAUUUCCCCACGCAAUAUUGGAACUUAUCAAAGGCUGGAAUAUGCUUAAAUGAGAUGUAAAUUGGAAUAUGCUUAAAGAUGAUCGGUUUAUGAAGAGGAUUUAAUAUCUGAUGCCACUGCAAACUGACAUUUGAGUUUGCAACACUGACAAUCAGCAGUAGAAGAUGAAUAAGAUGGCCCGCAUCAUCGUUCUAUUGAUGUUCAAAAUUGAUUGGAAGAAGUUACUUCUUCUUGGAGCUGCUAUCACAAUAACCUUUGCUCUUGUUCAAUUGAAAACGCUUCCUUAUCAACUUAGGACUCCAAAUUCAUCUCUUCCAGAUAUAAAUGACUUUGAUGUUAACUUGAAGAGUCAAAUCACUCCUUUGAUUAGAGAUAAUCAGUCUGAGGCAAGUAAAAUAAGCCCGGUCAUCUUACUUAAUUCUUCUAGCCAAUUAGUCCAGUCAAGAGCAGUAUUGCAAGGGAAAGUCAAAGUUACCCCAACGAGGACCAAGAUGGAUAUCCUUAAGCCAAAUAUUUCAACAAUACCUUCUCCGUCUUCAUCCUCUGCUUCUCCUAGAAGGCCUAAGCUAACUCUCAGAGAUAUAAAGAAUUUAUCACCAUAUGAAGCCCUUGUGUAUGCUAAGAAGGAACUGGACGCUGUCUCGGUUGGUAUUGAUGACCAUGAACCAAGUUUAUAUGCCCCUUUAUUCAGGAAUGUAUCUGUUUUCGAAAGGAGCUACAAGUUGAUGGAGCUUAUUCUUAAGGUUUAUAUAUAUCAAGAUGGAAAGAGACCUAUUUUUCAUACUCCUUAUCUCAGAGGAAUUUAUUCUUCGGAAGGAUGGUUUAUGAAAUUCAUGGAGGCAAGCAGACAGUUCGUCACGAGGGACCCAGAAAAGGCUCACCUGUUUUAUCUUCCAUACAGUGCACGCCAGCUCCAACGUGCUCUCUAUGUUCCAGAAUCGCAUAAUAUUAAGCCUCUAUCACUCUUUCUACGGGAUUAUGUCAACAAGCUUGCUUCAAAGUAUCCCUUCUGGAACCGGACACUUGGUUCAGAUCACUUUCUGGUUGCUUGCCAUGAUUGGGGUCCAUACACACUAAAAGAGCAUGAGGAACUAACCAAGAACACCAUAAAAUCUCUCUGCAAUGCCGACACUUCUGAAGGUGUCUUUGUCGUUGGUAAAGAUGUUUCUUUACCUGAAACAACAAUAGGAAAUCCUAGAAGACCUCUUAGAAACAUGGGGGGUAAAAGAAUCUCACAACGUCCUAUCCUUGCUUUCUUUGCUGGAGAAUUGCAUGGUAGAGUCCGUCCAAUACUCCUCAAACAUUGGAAAAAUAAAGACGAAAAAAUGAUCAUUUCUGGCCCCAUGUCCUACAAAACAUCAAAAACUAUGUCCUAUUCUCUUCACAUGAAAUCCAGUAAAUACUGCAUUUGCCCAAUGGGAUUUGAAGUGAACAGCCCUAGAAUUGUGGAAGCAAUAUAUUAUGAAUGUGUUCCUGUAAUCAUUGCUGACAAUUUUGUUCCUCCAUUGAAUGAAGUCUUAAACUGGAGCGCAUUUUCUGUGAUUGUGGCUGAGAUUGAUAUCCCGAAACUAAAAGAGAUAUUACUAGCUAUUCCCAUGAAGAGGUAUCGAAACAUGCAAUAUAAUGUAAAAAUGUUGCAAAGACAUUUUUACUGGAAUCCCACACCUGUUAAAUAUGAUAUGUUCCACAUGAUCCUACAUUCCAUAUGGCUAAGUAGGCUGAAUCAGAUUCAAGUACCCGCAUCAUCAUAGUUCACGGCGUUGCCCAUGAAUCCUCACUGUCUAGUGUAGAUGAGCAAGUGCUAAAAUUCCUGGGGGUGUGAAUCACCAAGAAAUUCAGUUGUGGGAUAGGAAAUUUUACCUUUUUGGUUACUUGAUAAUAUUGUCUGAAAUAUGUGUGUUUAUGUAUAUAUGUGAUUUGUUGAAUAGAUUUAUCAUACUGGUGAGCUAACAGAUAAAAUAACUAAAUUAUUUAUUUAUUUCAUAAUCAUUUGUGUAUAAAUGAGAAAUAUAGAUACAUUUGACAAA